AUGAUGAAUGAACCGACGAAUAUCAGUCGUCCAGUACUCUUUCGAGCUCGGGAAGGUCUUCCAGGCAAAGGCACCAAGAAUCGUGCAGGAAAAGGCGAUGAGGUGUGGCUCAUUGCUGGAAUGCCGACCCCAGUUGUGUUGCGAAAGACAGAGCGUGAGGAUUGUUUCACAAGAACUGAUAUUGUCUAUGUUCACGGGAUCAUGCAUGGAGAAUUGUUUGACCAGAAAGAUCGUAUACAAGAAGAGAUUGAGCUCAUCUAG